CAUCCUGUCUUCUUUAUCCAGCCGAAAAACUUCGUCAUCUCCAUUUUUUUCCACCCCAAUUCUCUGUAAAAAACACACAUAUUUUCUUACCACGUGUACAAUACCAACUUUUCCACCAGUUUCUCUUAUUUUUCCAGAAGAGAAAAGAAAAAUAGAGGGAGAAGAGAGAGAAAGGGGGGAGAGAGUGUAUCCUCUUUUUCAGUCCACACUAAAAUACCUUUUUUCCUUCUCCCUCCCAUCAUCUCAUAGCUUCAUCUAAUGCAACAAUCAUUCUUAUUUAAUUAUUCAAAUCCCUAAAUUUUCCCCCAAUUUCGAUCCGUAUACAUUGUCAAUACAUACUUCCCCAACUUCUUUUUUUUUUUUGGGUUGAAUGUUUCUUGAUUUGAUCAAUUCAUCUGAUUGAAUUGAGGGUGUGUGUUAAUUUUGGGAAUUUCCUUAAUUUUGAGAUCGUAAUUGAUUGGAUCUGAUUAGGGUUUGAAAUUUAUCGGAAAUCAACAAAAACAACCGUUUUGGGUUCGAUUUCAGGGAAAUAGCGCCAUCCAAUGGCGCUGUUUCGCCGCUUUUUCUACCGUAAGCCACCUGAUCGGCUUCUCGAAAUAUCUGAGCGUGUUUUUGUGUUUGAUUGUUGCUUCUCCACGGAUGUACUGGAUGAAGAUGAGUACACGGAAUACCUCGGUGGUAUCGUAGCACAGCUACAGGACCACUAUCCAGAUGCUUCAUUCAUGGUGUUCAACUUUAGAGAAGGAGAUCGAAGGAGCCAUAUUGCAGACAUUUUGUCUGAGUAUGAUAUGACAGUUAUGGAAUAUCCUCGGCAAUAUGAAAAAUGUCCUUUGCUUCCCUUAGAAAUGGUUUACCACUUCCUACGUUCCAGUGAGAGCUGGUUGUCAUUGGAGGGACAGCAAAAUGUAUUGCUGAUGCACUGUGAAAGAGGAGGUUGGCCUGUUCUUGCUUUUAUGCUUGCUGGUCUCCUUUUGUACAGAAGGCAGUAUAACGGUGAGCAAAAAACACUUGAAAUGGUGUACAGGCAGGCCUCAAAGGAGCUUCUUCAGCUUUUGUCUCCUUUAAACCCACAGCCUUCGCAGAUGAGAUAUCUUCAGUAUGUAUCUCGAAGAAAUUUAGGCCCUGACUGGCCUCCUUCUGACACACUGCUCAUUCUUGACUGCUUAAUACUUCGAGUCCUUCCUUUGUUUGAUGGCGGCAAAGGUUGCAGACCAGUGGUUCGUGUUUAUGGGCAGGACCCUUUAACAAAAUCUAGUAGAAGUACUAAGCUGUUAUUUUCAUCCUUAAACACCACUAAACAGGUUCCGCACUAUUCAGAGACAGAAUGUCUUUUGGUAAAAUUAGAUAUUCGUUGUCGUGUUCAAGGUGAUAUUGUAUUGGAAUGCGUCCAUCUAUGUGAGGAUUUUGUACGGGAAGAAAUUAUGUUCAGAAUUAUGUUUCAUUCAUCCUUUGUCCGGUCAAACAUUUUGUCUCUUAGCCGUGAAGAAGUUGAUGUUUUAUGGGAUGCAAAGGAUCAGUUCUCUAAGGACUUUAAAGCAGAGGUACUCUUUUCGGACGUUGGUGCAGUUCCAGUUGUAUCCACAGAAGUAGAAAGUGAUAAUGACAAUGAAACAGAUAGUGCUUCACCAGAGGAAUUUUUUGAAGCCGAAGAGAUCUUCAGUAAUGCUGUUGAUGCCCAAGAUGGGAAGACUGAUAUGGAUCCCCCUUUGAUUCAUGAUAGUUUUAUUAGAGGAGGAGGAGGUGGCGGAGGGCGGAAGGAGGAUAGAGAGCCUCCUGCAUUUGUAGAUUGUGCACCGGAAACAGGAGCUCACAUACCAGAUUCAAAAGUAUUAGUGGAGCUUGAAGCAGUAAAGGAUAUAGGCCUGGAUGAUUGGAGCAAAAUAUUGCACCGGGAUGUUGUUUCUGAUCUUAAUGCAGUCAAAGACAUUCUUAUGGAUGACACGAAUCAGAAAGAAGAUGUUAAAUUGGCCUUGGAUGAUAUUCUUUUGGAUGAAGGAAAACACAAACAUUAUGAGGUUUGCUAUGAUCAGAAUGAAGACAUAAUUUUGGAUGGUCAGGAUAUAGAGGCAGACACCAUGACUUUGAUUUCAGAUACACUCAUCAAGCAGAAUAUCGAGGUCGAUCUUUUCGAUAGCAGCAUGGUGGAGCGGUUGGAUACAAAGCAAAUUGUUGAAGAUGGGGAAGUGGAGAAGAGGUCAGAUUGCAAAAGUCCGCAGUGUAAGUUGAAUGGUGAUGUUACUAAGCAAAAACAAGAGAGAGUCCUGCAACCUUCACCCAAAAGGCCACCCACAUUCAACCAGAAGUCAGUUUCUGAUUCAGCUUUGGUCAAGCUUAGAGGGAAACUGCAAGAGACAGCAGGGGAUAAAUCCGGCAAGCAAAAACUAACUGAGCAUCGGUGGAUACCUUCAAACAAAGGCUCUUACACCAAUUCCAUGCAUGUGGCUUAUCCACCUAACCGGGUCAACAGUGCACCACCUUCUCUAGGAUGUACAAAAAAUCAAGUGAAAGACCCUGGUGCUGUUGGCAAAGUGAGAGAUCGUGUUGGCAGCUCUGAUCUUGGAUUUGCUGCUUCUGGUAUUGAUAGACGCCUGCAUAAAUUUCAGGAUGUAAAACCUGUAGAAUCUGCUAAAGUUUCUCACCGUGAAACUCCUGAUGAUGGGUCUAGCCAAGAAGUUUCCAGUUCUAAAGCCUCUUCUCUCGGUCACUCAGCUUUGGCUGCUCCAUCCUCGCACUCUUUAGUAGAGUCUCAUGAGCUUGAAAAAGAAACAAUGGCACCCUCACCCCCAUCCUCUUCCUCCUAUAACCCAACUAUAGAGGUGCUACCACAAGGAAGACCUCCGCCACCUCCACCCCCACCUCCUCCUCCCCCCGUAAGGCGGCAGAACAUGCUGGCGAAUGUCUCUGAAUCUCCAGCUUCUUCAUCAUCAUCAACAUCACCUCUAAAUUUGUCUGAUAUACAAAGUGUAGUUUCAUUCAUGUCUCAGGUUCCGCCACCCCCUCCUCCACCACCCAUUCCUUCCACUCAUUUGAGAGUUGCACCUUCAUCACCGCCAUUGAUAACCCCAUCCUCUGAUGUGUUAGGAAGUCAAAGUCCAUCUCUUCCACCUCCACCUCCACCUCCACCUCCACCUCCACCUCCAAGAUUUGCUGCCCCGCACUCUACUUUGUCAACUCUGCCUCCACCUUCUUCACUUUCUCCAUCACGCGAGAGGGUAUCACCUACACCUCCACCGCCACCUCCACCUCCACCUCCACCUUUUGCUUCAAGUGGAAAUCUAGCACCUUGUUCUACAAAAGCUGUCCCAGUAGCUCCUCCUCCUCCACCUCCACCUCCACCUUUUAAUCACGCAUAUAGUACUCCAUCUUUUCCUAUUCAAGAUGCCCCACAAUAUCCACCACCUUCUCCACCUGCCCCACCACCACCUCCACCACCUCCUCGUGGAUGUGGGGUGGUGUUUGCUCCACCAUCGCCUUCUUAUAAAGCCCCUCCCCCUCCUCCACCACCACCACCACCACCACCACCAUCGCCUUUUUGUGGAACCUCUCCUCCAUCUCCCCCACCUCCACCACCACCACCUCCUGGGGGUAGAGGCCCCUUCUCACCUCCUCCUCCUCCACCACCUUUGGGAGGCCGAGUCCCUCCCCCUCCUCCGCCACCUCCCGGGGGCCGAGGCCCUCCCCCUCCUCCGCCACCUCCCGGGGGCCGAGGCCCUCCCCCUCCUCCGCCACCUCGGGGCCGAGGCCCUCCCCCUCCUCCGCCACCUCCCGGGGGCCGAGGCCCUCCCCCUCCUCCGCCACCUCCCGGGGGCCGAGGCCCUCCCCCUCCUCCGCCACCUCCCGGGGGCCGAGGCCCUCCCCCUCCUCCGCCACCUCCCGGGGGCCGAGGCCCUCCCCCUCCUCCGCCACCUCCCGGGGGCCGAGGCCCUCCCCCUCCUCCGCCACCUCCCGGGGGCCGAGGCCCUCCCCCUCCUCCGCCACCUGUCGGGGGCCGAGGCCCUCCCCCACCUCCGCCACCUCCUGGGGGUGGAGGCCCUCCCCCACCUCCACCUCCGAUGCGUCAAGGAGGACCACCUCCACCUCCACCCCCUGGAGGUGGUGUUCCAGGUCCUCCGGCACCACCAAGACCACCAGGAGUUGGUCCACCGCCACCCCCAAAAACUACUCCUGGUGCACCUAGUGCUCCGCUUGGUAUGGCUAGGGGUUAUGGACGAGCAACACCAGGAGCUCAAAUGAAAAAAUCUUCACUUAAACCCUUGCAUUGGAUUAAAGUAUCAAGGGUUAUAAAAGGGAGCGUAUGGGAAGAGUUGCAAAGAUCGGCAGGUCCCCAAAUUGCUGCAGAAUUUGAUGUGUCAGAGAUUGAGAAGCUUUUCUCUAAUCAAGUUGCAAAGCCUGCUGGUGCAGCAGGGAAAGCUAAUGAAAAGAAGAAGGCUGCUGGAUCCAAACCUGAAGUUGUUCACGUGAUUGACCUCAGAAGGGUUAACAACACUGAAAUAAUGCUUACAAAGGUUAAGAUGCCACUCCCUGAUAUGAUGGCUGCAGCACUUGCUUUGGAUGAGUCAGUUUUGGAUGGUGAUCAGGUGGAAAACCUAAUAAAGUUUUGUCCCACUAAAGAGGAGAUGGAUCUUCUUAAGAACUACCCGGGUGACAAAGAGAAGCUGGGAAAGUGUGAGCAGUUUUUUUUGGAGCUCAUGAAAGCACCGCGGGUGGAGUCAAAAUUAAGAGUAUUUUUGUUCAAGAUACAGUUUAACACACAGGUUUCAGAGUUCAAAAAGAGUUUGAAUACUGUAAAUUCUGCAUGUGAGGAGGUGCGAAAUGGUGCGAAGUUGAAAGAUAUUAUGAAGAUGAUUCUCAAUCUGGGGAAUCUGUUAAAUUCUGGAACUGCACGGGGAUCAGCAGUUGGGUUCAAGUUGGAUAGUCUGCUAAAACUUACGGAUACUCGUGCAACGAAUGGCAGGAUGACACUUAUGCAUUAUCUUUGCAAGCAUCUAGCAGAGAAGUUACCAACACUGUUGGACUUUCAUGAAGAGCUUCUAAGCCUUGAAGCUGCAACAAAGAUACAAUUGAAGUCCUUGGCAGAAGAAAUGCAGGCUAUAACCAAAGGAUUGGAAAAGGUUAAGCAGGAGCUGGCUGCAUCUGAAAAUGAUGGUCCUGUUUCUGAGGUUUUCUGCAAGAGACUAAAGGAAUUCGUUGGCGCUGCUGAAUCAGAUGUGGCAUCUGUGAUGGAUGUUUACUCUGUAGCGGGUAGAAAUGCGGAUGCACUUGUCCUCUAUUUUGGUGAAGAUCCUGCUAAAUGUCCUUUUGAGCAAGUUGCACAGACUCUGUUGAACUUCACAAGAUUGUUCCGGAAAGCACAUGAUGAAAACAUUAAGCAGGCUGAAUUGGACAGGAAAAAGGCUGAAAAGGAGGCCGAAACGGAGAAGUCAAAAACAGCCACUCCGUCAAAGAAGAGUGUAACGUGAUGCAAAGAUGGCCGUUAUCUCUUGCAAAAGCCCAGAGUCCCACUGUGGUGAAGGUCUUGUGUCUCACAUACACAAAAGCAAAGUUGAGCUUUUGUCACUGUUUGUGCUGAUACUGAAAAAUUCUUCGUGGCGAAGCAGAACGAGCUGCAGUCGAGGCCUUGUGAACCUGCGGACUUUUUCUGUCCGUGAAGAGCUUGAGUAUGUUGAAUAUUGAUGCCAUACAGUCCAGUUAAUGCGGUUGUGGGUGAUUGGACUGUCAGACAUGUAUCAUCGCAGACACGCUAGUCCGCCCAUGUGGAUUUUUAUGCCAUGAACUGUUGAAAAAUGGUCUGUAAAUGCCUGCUGAGAAAGCACAACUGUUAUGACAUGCCAAAUUAAUCUACUGGACUCGAUGCUGACUUACCAAUCGUUCUACAAGUGAUUGAGGCAGCAAUUUCGAUGUUGAAGCGAUACCCUCAGGAUGGUGAUCUCCAAAGCUCACCCUGUACCAUGCCACCUUGUACAAAGCUCUAACCUGUAGGUAGGUAUGUAAUUUUUUUGUAACAUAAUAUAUUUGAUUUCUUUUGGUUUUUUCCUUCCAUAAAAUUGGAUAGGAGAAGCUAGGAUAAAAGGUAUAACCAAAAGUUUUGUAUAGAACUUUAGGGUGUUAGAAAGGGAGAUAGGAGGUGAGUGAUUUUGGUUAUAUUUUUAUUCAAUGUAAUUGUAAUGCAAGGAGAGAGUAGAGUUGGGAAAUGGGAAAUCACUUGUUCGGUCGAUUCAAAUAAUUGCCUACAGGACCGAGAUGAUAAUUCUCUAUUCGUUCUGCAAGUUCUUUCAUAAUCCCAAUGGAAAAUUAUAGUGAAAGAUAUUAGUGCCAUCAAGGCCUUGUUUGGUUUGUUAGAAGUGGUCAUUGGAUGUAUUAUUGAUUGCUGCUUUAAGAGCUUGCUGAUAUAUUGUGGUUUGCUUUGGUUGAA